GUGACGUCUUCUUCGGCCUUGUCAGAGUUGGAGCAGGGAUGGAAUUUGGAAGCAGCAGGCGAACCGGGUAACGAUAGCGUCUACUACAACCCCAAGAGUUGGGUACAUUCCGAUGGCAGUGAUGCUGCCUAUUUUAUGCUUCAAAUGCAUCCAGAUUUGGCUGACCCCAUUGAGCAAUUGGGCAUGGAAAUCGAACCGGAUGACAAUGAGACAGUGACCGAUUUCAAGCAACGCUUCGGUGAGAAACGUCUGUGGGAGAUGCAAAUCAAUGUCACCGAUUUGGAUGAAUUGGAUCUACGUUGCGGCGGUUUGGUGCGCCGCUCCAAUAUGUCACAACUCACAAAUGAGACUGUCAACUGCAUGGUACAGCGUUGUAUAUUUACAAUGAAUGCACCGGAGAUUUGUCCACCGGAUUACAAAGAAUCAGAUGAUAGAGUUUUCUGGAUUUACUUCUUGUUGAGAUUCCUUGCCACCACAAUGCUGUCAGCUGGUGUCACCAUAAUGGAUCCCAUUGCGCUGACUAUGAUUGAGAAAUAUGGUGGCGAUUUUGGGCGUGAGCGGCUUUUCUCCAGCAUUGGCAUGGCCAUUUUUUCGCCAAUUACAGGCAUAAUGAUUGAUUAUUCUUCGCGUGGUCUUGGCUACACAGACUACUCGGCCGCUUUUUACACCUACGAUUUGUUGUUGGUUAUAUCGACAGUGUCAGUGUUAAUGAUGCCAUUGGGCGAUAAAUUGCCGGCGGAUAAUGUUUUUCGAGAUUUGUGGAAUCUACUCAAGAUGCCGCAUGUCAUUACAUUCAUCUUCUUCCUCUUUAUACUGGGCAAUUUCUGGGGCUUUAUAGAGAGCUUCCUAUUUCUAUAUCUGAAGGAGUUGGGUGCGCCAAAUUAUUUGCUUGGUAUCACCAUCACUGUGGGUACGGUAAGCAGUAUACCGUUCUUGUAUGGCGCUGAACGCAUUACCCGAAUCUUUGGACAUGUUAAUUUGAUUAUCAUUGCCUUCUUUUCGCAUGCUGGCCGUCUAGUGGGUUAUUCAUUCAUUGAAAAUGCUUGGUGGUGUUUUCCCUUCGAGGCAAUGGAAGCUCUCUCCUGCCAUUUGAUGUGGGUAGCUGCUGCUACCUAUUGCUCCAUCUUGGCGCCGAAGAGUCUGUUGGCUACAUUGAUUGGCGUACUGGGCAUGGCACAUUUCAGUUUGGGUCGCGGUAGCGGUUCCUUUACCGGUGGUCUACUCAUCGGUCAAUUUGGUACACGCGAUGCCUUCCGUUAUAUGGGUCUGCUAGCCGUUGUGGGUGGCAUUGCCUAUGGUCUACUACAUUUGGCUUGGUUGCGUAAAUUCGAUCACAAUCUCGAUGAUUGCGAAGAGGAAGCAGAGGCGGUAGAGAAUGGUGAAACCGAGAAACUCACCGAACCGGCGACAAAAGAGCAAGGCACAUCAAUGUCAUUGGAGCGUCUCAGCCUGAUGAUUAAGUACAAUCAAAUUGGCAGCUUGACAUCAUUGCCGCGUGGAUAUAGGGCGGAUAUACACGACCAUUUGUCACAUCGCCGCAGCAGCUAUAAUGUUGAGUCGACACGCGUACCACGCCAUCACGGCAGUCACAUUGGCAGCGCUUCGAAAGUUGACAUUUUACGUUCAACGCUGGAUAUAAAUCACAAAUCCUCAAAUAAUUCUGUGUUGAGCAAAGCCGAUAACAAAACAUCAAAUCAAUCAUUAGGACGAAAUCGUGCCGACAGUGCGCCCAAAUUGAAUCACAGCAACAUGAAGAAUAUAUCACAGCCCACGCUAGAGGGUGUUGUGCUAGAGGGUGUUGAAUCGACUUUUUUCCCCAGUCGCAUGAAAAAGUAUCCGAGUGGUUUGUUAACUUCAAUACCAGCGAUGGAUUUAUCCGUUAUACCCAACACAAUACUGAUGGAUCAAGAUACUACCACAGUGAUACCCGAAGAAACCGAUCUAAGUAAUUCAAAGAUCACUGUCUCCAAUCAAGAUGAAGUUAAACAUCACCACGCUAAUGGCAAGCGAUCGAGUAUAUCUCAGGGUCGUAUGGAUAGGGAUGAUGCUACAUGAUUUGCAGUUAAAAAGCAUUGAACGCCACAUACAUACAUACAUAGAUAAAUUUAUAUACAUAUGUAUAUGUAUAUGUAUGUAUAUGUGUAUGAAAAGAGUGAUAUUAAAUAAAUGCAAAGAAAAAUUUAUAAAUAUUUAAUAAACGAAAAUUAGGCGACCAAUGCUGCAGCGCACAAAACAUUUAUAAAAAUUUCAACAAAUAAGUUCCAUUUCCGUUUUUGUGUUUACAUGGCUAGAAAAAUAACAUAUAAAAAUACAUUUAUUCGUGUUAAACAGCAAAGUAUUUCUAAUUAUAAUUAAUAUUUGUUAGCUGUAAUGUUGAUUAUUUUAGCAAAGUUGUAUUGUUUUGUUUGAUUUAUCGUUUGCUAGUUUAAGCAACGAGAAUCGCUAGUAAUUACUUUUAUUUGAUAGAACUUAUUUUAAUUUUACCAAUACA